CAAAGUGUCUAGCCACCACAGCGCAGUUGCUUCAUCUAGGGAAAAAGGCCGAGCACCUCGCUCAAGAUCACCCAACAUGUGCCGCAUUUGCGGGCGCAUGAUCAAAUGCAUCUUUGACUCGAUGCCCUCGAGGGCCCCUUCAUCCGUGUCCAAACCAUCUCUGCGCCAACCUCACCAGACAAGAUCUCACCAUGUGUCGUCACGCACCCUCGUGCAGAGCGCGCUGAACAUCCCUUCCAAGCCCGUGGCCGCACCGCCAACAUUCCUCCUCCCGUUCCGCGCAAGGCUUCUUCACCAGUCGAGGACGCAGCCGUCCACCACGACGCCGAUAUCCCAGUUCCAGAACACCCAGCCCGAAAUCCCGCCCAGCUACCUUUCUGCCACCAUUGACCAAACACCAUCCCCAUCCGCCACCACGACAAUAUCUCCUUCGACGACGCAAUCUCUCGACCGGCCCCUCGUCCUCUCGCGCUCCCUGCAAACCCUCCUCCCGAAGCUGCACGGCCAGAAACCCCACUAUGUGGUCGCGCACGUCCACCGGUUCCCCUACCUGCUCACGGAGGGCGACGUGCUCCGCCUGCCCUUCCACAUGAGGGGCGUCGCGCCGGGGGACGUCCUGCGCUUCAACCGCGCCAGCGUCCUCGGGUCGCGCGAGUACACCCUCAAGGCCGGCACCGCGGCCACCGAGUCGUACGACGCCCGCCGCACGGGCGAGCCGAACUACCUGGACGAGCGGCUGUUCGAGUGCCGGGUGCGCGUCAUGGGCCUCGAGACCCAGCCCAUGACCUUGAAGGAGAAGAAGAAGCGCCGCAACCGCCACCGCAAGGUCGUCCGGAGCAAGCACAAGUACACGCUGUGCCGGGUCAUGCAGGUCCGGGUCAAGGGUUUGGACGAGCUGGUCCGGGGCGAGAAGGGCAUGGUCCUCCUGGAGGGCCGGGAGAAUGGGAUCGCGCACGCCAGUGCUUGAGUCCUCCCCCCGAUCCGAUAGAGCAGGGGGAGGCGCUUGUAGGAUAAUAUGUUGUACGCGAGGUCAAAGCGGUCUACUGUAGAUGUCUAGCGCCAACAAUCUGAACAAUCCAACCUUCAUA